AUCAAUCUACAUACGUUUUGAGAUGGUUUAUCUCCUGACUACUUUGCUUUGGAAACUUUUAUGAACAGUUGAUCUACGCCUCGCCUUACCGGGGGAAAAACCCAUGUGGGAAUUCCCAAACCAAAAAUGAGGCUGACCUAAUGGCUUUUGGGGAUUUCCAGUCAAUUUCAGACAUUUAUAUUCAUUUGUGGAACUGUGAUAUGAAAUAGUUUAUUUGGUGGUGUGUAACGAGUAUAAUAUUCCAUUGUGGAGUUACUGUGAUCGUCUACCGACUAAAUAUUGUCAAGUUUGACAGCUGGUCGAAGCCGUGUAUAUUAGCAGUCCGCCAUUUGCUUUCAACUUGUGCGUAGCCUGGCUUGUGGCUAUACCUAUAGUUCAAAAUGGAAACUAAUUGCAAUUGCAAUGACCUCGAAAUUGGUGGAGGAAAUAUGUGCAUAACCCAAAAUUUGGAUUCUAACGAUUUGGAAUGUGACGAUUUAGAACCAGACUGUGCACCGCAUUUUAAGAGUAAUUUCUGUCAUGUUGAUGCCCAUUCAUUUCCACAGAAAGGAGCUAUUACUAGUCCUGAACGAUAUGACUCUGGUAUUGGAGAUAGUUUUAAAAGCCAGGAUUUAGGGAAGCAGUUUCAGAAUAUGCAUCUUGAUUCUUGCGUUGGGAAGACCAGCUUUUGUGAGUUAACUGAGGAAAGCAGGGUUGAACCUAAGCAGUGUCUCUCCACUAGCCCCGUAGUCAGUCAAGAGGACAUUGUUUAUGAACAGGACGGAGAAGGUGACACGCAGCUUCAUUCGGCAAUUAUUCAAGAAAUGCCUCUCCUGUGUUUAUACUUUAUCAAAAUUGUCCCACAUUUUGGUUUCCUAAAUUUACAAAACGAUUUAAUGCAAACCGUGCUUCACCUGGCUGUGAUGAUGAAAAUGACUAAUAUUGUGAGACGUCUCAUCGUUGCUGGAGCUGACGUGACUUUCCGCGACCAUAGGGGCGACACCCCACUUCACAUUGCGUCCAGAAAUGGCGAUCACGAGACUGUCAGAUCACUUUUAGAACCUGUAUCAUAUGAAGAAACUCUGCAGAAUUCAUACAAGAUCCCCUACCAGAAAAUUCCACAAAAUUUGGAACUUCGAAAUUACAAUGGCCAGACUUGUCUACAUGUCGCGGCAGAGAGUUCACAUUUUGUUGUGUUGAAGCAACUAUUGUCCAAAGGGUCAGACAUUAACACAAUGGACGGCAAGAGCGGAAGGACGGUAUUGCAUUAUGCUGCCGAAACAAACAACACACAACUCCUGGCAUUUCUCCUCCAGGAUUACAAGGUCAGGGUCGAUGCAAGGACAUAUGGAGGACAGACACCUCUCAUGCUUGCCCAAGGUCGAGGACACAACGCUAUCGUCCAAAUGCUUUUGCAGGCUGGAGCAGUAUUCCAACUCCCACGGGAAGACUCGGAUAGUGAUGAUGACAUGGAUGAGUCUUUUUCGUAGCUUUAUAUUUUGUCCAACUCGAGAGAGGAUAUAAAGUCACCAAGGUCAUUGCAGAGUACAGGACAGGAGAUGUGGGGACACCCAGUCAAUGACAACCACUCUCAGUUACCGACACCGAGCCAGUCAGACUUGAAGCGGACAGCCCUACAGAUGCAGCUUCCAGAAAAAUACUACCCUUAUGAUUAUCCGUGAUUUUACUAGUGGCUUCACUAUCCUGCCAAAUAUUUUAUAUGUGACACUGAGGAUUUUACAACACCACAAAAAAACAAGUAGAAUCACAUAAUCAAACCAACCACAGAAAUAAAGUGUCACCAUGGAAACAUGACGGAUAGACAACGAUAUAGAUAUAGAUCUGCAAUAGACAUUUAUCAGGAUCUCUUGUAUACAGUUAUUACUAAAUUAUCAUUACCGAUAUAUCUUUACAGAGUAUCAGAGGGUGUGCUUUGUGAUCAUACACAUAGUGCUAUAUAGGGCUAAGACAAUGUUUUAUCAGACACUCGCACUUGUAGACACAAACAUUAGGCAUAGGAUUACAUAUACACGUCAUACCAUGAACUGAUUAAUGACUUAAAUUCAUUGUCGAAAUUGAUAUAUUUGUCUCGAUUCUGGUGUUAGGAGAGAACCUAUAGAUAUUGUUAGUAUAAUAAUGAGGAAAUGCACCAAUUAAGUAUAUGUAACAUAAUUUGAUACGUAGGGUUAACACACCCAAUAUACCAAUUAGUAAUACUAAAUGAGGUUUGCAUACAGAUUUUUUCCACACUUUCACAGACCCUGUGUAUAUAGCACAUUACUAGUCUUGUAAGGUCACUGUCGAAUCCAAGAGGAGUUGGCGUGGAAUUUUCCUGAAUUGUUUUCUUUUGGUAUAAGGAAUAAUGCCAAUGAUGAUGUAAAGGAGUAGUAAGACAACAUGCUCCUUUAGGAGUUCGUCGAUCUUGGAGUUGCGUAAAUAACAUGUACAAACCGCUCUAUGUUCAACCUAUUGAGGGAAGAGUGCAUACAAAACUGUACAGGCUUUAGAAUGAGGUAUGUUGGGAAAUUAACAGAGACAUAUGGCAUGUGAAAGAUGCCAGACAUGUCAUAGACUAAGGGAGAAAACGUAAGAAUUGAGAGAGUGCUUUAUGCCCAGUGAGUAGAGUGUGCAUUUGUAGAUACAUUUUUCUAAUGUUUGAAGUACGAAGUUUAUUGAACAUUUUUACGAGUUCAUAGUUUGAAAAAUCAUUAUGCAAUAAAAAUUGUGUAUACAAAAUAUGAUGCAAAAAAAAAUAAAUAAAAUAACACAGAAUUUA